CUUAUUAUCAUCAUUAAAAAACAAAAGUACAUCUAAUUAUUUCAGCAGUAAAUCAUAAAAGCAGCUCCUCCUCUAUCCUCUCUGCUCUCCCUUUUGUAACCACCCACUUGAACCGGAACCUUUUCUCGGGAUUUGCAGCCCUCCCUAUCGGUCUAUCGCCCUGACAGCCAGCCACAACACCGACCCACACGCCUCUGUGCGCCCAUCGCCGCCCAUCUCUGCCCGGAGCGGGAUGCGUCCAGUUUCACGACGCCUGGCCUAGCUGUGGCAGGUCGGCCCGUUACAUACAGAUGGAAGUGACACAUCCAUCCUCUGUGACAGUCUCUCCGUGGACACCGACGACUGACAGGAUCCAGGGGCGCUGCGGUACGGAUGCACCCUAUGCGCUCUGGUGAUCUACGGUGACCGGCGCGCCUCGGUGGAGCGGGAGACCCGUCGUUUCAAGCCUCUGUUUCGGCGGAAAGGAUCGCCCACACCCUCCCCCCCUUCCCCUGGGGGUCGCUAAAGGGGAACGAUGGGGAGCACGACCUCUUGCUGCGUGUCUGCCAGCCCCAAGCUCCGCAGAAAUGCCCACUCCAGGCUGGAGUCGUACCACCAAGAGUCGGAGCUGAGCAGGGAGGAGACGGGAUGCAACCUGCAGCACAUCAGCGACAGGGAGAACGUCGACGAGUUGAACAUGGAGUACAAUCCAUCGGACCAUCCGCGGGCCAGCACCAUAUUCCUCAGCAAAUCCCAGAACGACGAGGUGCCCUACAGGAAUGUGCGGGAUAAACGAAAAAGCCUCUUCAUCCAUAAUCAUGGUACGUUGAGGCGGAAAUACAGCUCCUGCUCCACUAUUUUCCUAGAUGACAACACAGCCAGCCAGCCCAACCUCAAAUACACCAUCAAAUGUGUAUCACUGGCGAUUUACUACCAUAUAAAAAACAGGGACACAGAAGGAGGGAUGCUGCUAGAUAUAUUUGAUGAGAAGCUCCAUCCUCUCUCAAAAUCCGAGGUUCCGCUGGACUACGACCAGCAUGACCCAGAGCAGAAGCAGAUCUACCGGUUUGUCAGGACGUUGUUCAGUGCCGCUCAGCUCACUUCUGAGUGUGCCAUCGUCACACUGGUCUACCUGGAGAGGCUCCUGACCUAUGCAGAGAUCGACAUCUGUCCGGGUAACUGGAAGAGAAUCGUUCUGGGUGCUAUCUUGCUUGCCUCCAAGGUCUGGGACGACCAGGCCGUCUGGAACGUCGAUUACUGCCAGAUCCUCAAGGAUAUCACUGUAGAGGACAUGAAUGAGUUGGAGCGCCAGUUUCUGGAGCUGCUGCAGUUCAACAUCAACGUGCCGUCCAGUGUCUACGCCAAGUACUACUUUGACCUGCGAUCACUUUCAGAGUCCAACAACCUCAGCUUCCCCCUGGAGCCGCUCAGCAGAGACAAGGCCCAAAAACUAGAGGCUAUCUCCAGGCUAUGUGACGACAAGUACAAGGACGUACGGAGAGCUGCAAGGAAGCGCUCAGCCAGCAUGGACAAUCUAUGUGGGAUCAGAUGGGUUCCUGCAAUCCUCUCCUAACAACUAUUAAUCUGCCACGUACUGAACACUGGCAUCAGGCUACAGACACUGGCUGGAUGAGAAAACUACCCACAUAUUACAAAGACAUGAAGCAGUGAUUGGAACCCGAAAUCACGCUCUGGUCCUUACACCUUCAAACUGGAGGCAGGAAAGUGAAACCACCAUCUGAGGAGAUGAGGUGAAUGCCAGAGAGGUUUCUAACUUAACCUGGUGCCUUCACAGUGCCUCACCCAUUCUGUUCAUGAAAGAGAGAAGGGAGUUCCAGGUUGUUACAUCAGCUGUUCAGAAAGAUCUAGCUUUGGACCAAUCGAGAAAGUCCUGGACAAGGCGGCCUUGAAAGCCACCUGGGACAUGGCAUUUUGAACCUGUCUUAAGAUUCUGGGUUUCUGGUUUUGUCCAGACUAAUCUGUGUCUGGCUAAUUUGAAAGAUUUAAUAUAACCUGCCUUUGAAAUGGCCCUGCAACUUCACAAUGAAACAUAUUAUUUAUUUUACUUGAUUAUGUGAACGGUUGCAGCUGCCUGACCCCAUAGUACCUGCAAAUACACUAGUGUAGCACUGGAAUUUCUACCGGUUAUUUAUUUCCUUUGACAGGUCUUAGAAUAAUGAAAGUGUUAGCAAGUUUUCUCCUUUGGAAAUCUUUAUAUUCAACGUUUACAGUAUUUCUAGCGUACCUCUCAAUACUCAGGUAGCCUGUUCAUUCUUUUGAUUUAUUGUGAUGCUGAGAGUCGAAACACAAAUUAUGACAAGUGACAAAUUGCAGAUGGAAGGAGCCAGAAUGAUUAAAACAUUGUGACAACAUUCCCCACAGAUGGCACAAAUACAUUCCUACUUUGGGGGCAUAAUCACAAGCAUGCUCAAACACUGCACAACAUGAAAUAUAGACCAGAGCACGUUUAGAUUAAAUAUUCAUCUGAUUUUGGUUACAUCUUAACUUGACUUUGUCCAAUUCAAAAUUUUAAAAGCCCCGUAGAAGCUUUGAGUAGAGUAAGCCCACCUCUCUGCUGACAUCUAGUGGAUAUUUGAUCAUUGCAAAAAUCUAUUAGUUCAUUUACACACAAAUUUCCAAAAAAUGUAUUGUGGUAUCUCUUGGAAUUUACUUUUCUGCCUCCACUACAAUACCCUAACACAAAAACUUCAGUGUGGAGGGUUAUUUUGCACCUUACAAAUGUAUUUAGCACCAAAAUAUACUGUUACUGUUACUGUAAAACUAAAACUUGCUGCAAACAGCUGGAUGUACUGGUCUGACAAGCACACUCUGCAGUGGAUGCUGGUCAGUAGAGGGCGUGAGAAGGCCACACAGCACUGCUUGGUUUUUUAUUCAGUAUUAUAGAGCUAGAUAACAGUACAUUACAUCUACAGCACAUUUGGAAAAUUGUAAAUUAAGUAUCUCAUCAAUUAAGUCUCAUGCUCAAUGGCUGCUAACCCAGUGUCUUUAUUUCCUAGCUGACCCCUUCACAGUGCUGUUUGAUUGAUGUUGAUCAUUUAACUUAGACUGAAGGAAGACAGUAGAUCCAUGCCUGUAACGCCUGGGUUAAAGGGUUUUGAACAGCUUUCCCAAAUUCCUAAAACCCAAUAACUAAAUAUUCAUAGGAGGCUGACACAUUGCUAAGGAGAAGGGAACAGAAAGUUAACUUUUCAACAGUAGUCUCGACCAAAGAAAAGUGUACAAAGGUGAGUCUGAUCAUAAUAAAAGACCACAAAUCAUUCAAGAGAUCUUGCAGUGAUCUGCUGUGUGACCAGUAACACCAGUGUGUCCUGUUGAUCUGCCCUUAAGAAAAAGGACCAGCCAUGGUGUAUGCCUCUAAAUUCAGAUUUCUAAAAGAAGUAAGGCAUGAAGUGUGCUUUCAUUCACCACAAAGGUAUACUUUCAUUACUUUCAAACCCCAGAAUCAUUAUGCUGAACACACACAAAUUGGACAAACAUUUAAAAAAACUGGAAAUCAUUUCAGCACAGAGAACACUUUUCAAUCUGUUGUUAAUUUCUAUCAAGACAAAAGCCGACUGCUGAGCCAAGUCUUUAAAGGUGUUGAAACUGCUGAGGAACUGAUUAUUUUGUGUUUCCGUUGUACAUUUAAUUCCAAUCUAAUUGCUACUGGCAAACAACUGAUCAGGUUUUCAUGUUUGUUUCUCAUUUGUCUAAAGCACUAAAAUCUAAUUAUUUUGCAAAAUAACUUUGUACAAUGUAUAAAGAGUUGAAAAAACUGA